GAUUGAGUAUUUUACAACAUCGUAAAUGAGACAGUGACAAACAAAACUUGUUAAAUCAGCUUGAAAAAUGGCAGCCGGCGAGGAUAAGCGUAAAAUAAUGGAAGAAUUGAAUAAAUACGAUCAGUUCAUUGGCUGCUCCAUCGAGUAUAGAAAUGAUUUGCCUGAAUCGAUGCCGGGAGUUAAGUUUCUGCCAAGUGGCGCCAAGACUUUGAUGGACUACACUACGGAUCCAGUGUCCUUUCCAGAGCAAGAGACGCAGUACGAGUUCGACUUGAAGGGACUUUACCAGGUGCUCGAUCUCGAUUUGAAUGCCCAAAAUCCGCAUGAGUACCCCACUCAGCGAGGUAAAGUGGAUGCCAGAGAUGCCGUAUUGCUCACUGACAUUGUGGAUCCCAAUAUGCCGAUUCCACCACCCAUCUCAGCACAGCAGACUGCCAAACAGCGACGCACGGCUGCUCCUCGGACGCAUGCCAGCGUACUGCCCUUUGGUGUGAUGCAACUUCAUCAGUCGGAGAAGCAGGAGAUCGGCAUGGAUGCUGUCAGUGUGGAACAGCAGAAGCUGGCCAUCAAUCGGACAUUCGUGGACGUCAACAAGCCGUUGUAUGAACAUCCCUUCAAGCCGAACAGCGGAGUCCAUCCGGUGGCAGUGAUGCCCCUCUUGCCGGAGCAGCGGGAGGCGCAUGAGUUUGUGCACGUCAAGUUUGGCAUUCCACCGAACAUCAAGGAGAAGAGCUUACUCAAGAAUUGCGGCAACCAUUUGAUCAACUUCAAGGAGAUAUCCGAUCAGCCAACCGAGACAAUCAAUCGCGGCAUCACAAGCUACAUUUCUGAUCAGCGUUUCAGGGAAGAUCACAAUUCGGAGGCGGAACGCUUCGAGCAUUUGGUGUUGCACGAGCGGCAUGGCCAUGUCUUCUAUCAGAUAGUCAGCAAUCAGCUCCGGCUGCGCAAGGAGCGUCCCACGGCAAAUACUCGUCACGGUCUCUGCCUGCUGCAAAUGAAAUGCAAGAAACCGGCAACAGGUUAGAAGGGUCUGAGCAAUCUAGAAGUAGUACUAUCAGCAUGUCAAUAAUAACCAUAAUUUGUUUGCUUUGUAACAACUUUUAAAUAUAUUUAGAAGCUAUCAUACAA